AUGACCUUAGGCUACGUCACGUUGUCUAGGCUACUACUGCUGGCGAUAUGGCUUUUGGUGCUUGAUGGUGCUAUUGAGGAUGAAAGGUAAGGAUUUGAAAAUUAAAAUUUUUUUUUAAAAUUUUGAUUUUUUUAAAAUUUAAAAUUCUUUUUUGAAAUUUUUGAAUUAAAAAUUUUUUUUUAAAUUUUGAAGUUUUUGAAAAUUUAAAAUAAAAUACGUUUCAGCAAAUACAAAGUCUACCGUCUAAACCCAAAGACCGAUGACCAUCAAACGGCGCUGAACUUACUUUACAAUAGUGGAGAGUUCGACUUCUGGAAAGAGCCAUCAGCUGGCAAUCAGUCGGCCGAACUCAUGAUAACUCCAAAACAAGCUCCUCAGUUCCAAAUAUUCUUGGAGGCUAGUCAAAUCCCCUUCCAGGUAUUGGUCGAAGACCUUAAUCAGUAAGUUUUGUUUGUAAAGUACGGUAGGUUUAACAAGGUCUGAAAACUUUAUGACGAAAUGUCACAAAUUUUAUUGGAUUUUUCAAAAUAUGAAAAUUUGGUGUUUUAGCUUAUUAUCAGGCUAGUUGUCACUUUUGACGUGAUUUUUUUACUUUAGAGCAUUUUAGUUGCUUUUGUUACGAAGUGUCACAAAUGUUAUUGGUUUUUUGAUUUUAAAAGAUCUAUUCAAGUCAGCGUUAUCUCCACUUACUAAUUACCUAAUAAAUAAAAUUUAUAAUAGAUUCAAUUUUUCAGAUUGAUAAAAGAAAAAGAAGGUCCAAACUGGCGUUCUCGAGCUCUUCGCUUUCUAAGUCACGGUAAGCGAGAUACUGUAGAUGGCGAUCACACUUUUGGCCUAAUAAUGGGUGAAUAUUACUCUUAUGAUGAGAUUGUGGCGUAUAUGAGACGGAUUCGUGAUGCUCUUGGUCCUAAAGCCAAGAUCAUCACUAUUGGAAAGACACAUGAAGGUAGAGACAUCUUUGGAAUUCAGGUGGGUUUCUCUUAAUAAAUUGGUCGGAAUAGGUAGUUGAUGGCCUUUUUGGGUCGUUUUAUAGUGGUAUUAUGAAUGAAUAGAUUCUGAGCUUUCAGUAAAGUUUGAUUUUACUAAAAAAGUUUACAUUUUGGGUGAGUUAUGAAAUCUUUCUGACCAAUAUGACAUGGUAUAAGAUUUUAAAGUGGGUAGGGUAAUAUAAAUCGGCCAAAAAGAAUAAAAGCUGGGGUUAUCGAAUCUAAUGGUUGUACCAUUCUUGAAGAGAAGAUUCUAAGCUUUCAAGAAAACAUAGUUUUGACAAAGUUACUCAAGAUUCCAAAGAGCUAUGACCUUUUUUCUUCAAAAUUGCCUGGUAUAAUAUAAAUUUUUUUCAGAAAACUUAAAAAUUUUCUAUUUCUUUAAAUUAAUCCUUAAAAUGACAUUUUGAGUUACUAUUUUCCUUUACUUUAAAAAUGAUUUGUUUUUAGUUUGGCCGCCCAUCCGACCAAACUCGCACAGUAACUUGGAUCGAUGCUGGUAUUCAUGCUCGUGAAUGGACGGCUGUCCACACCGGUAUCUACAUGUUAUAUGUCGUAAGUUGGACUUUUUUAAUGUUGAACUAACAUUUCUAAUUGAAAAAUAUAGAAAAUUUGAUAUUUUACAAAUUUUUAAAAAAUCGAUAAAUUUUGUGACAUUUCGUCAAAAAUCCUCUUACAAAAAUAACGUAAAAUUUGCUAAAAAAACGGUAAAAGAAGACAUAAAAUGGUAAAAAAAAUAAAAAACAUAAAAUGGUAAAAAAAAAUAAAAAUUUAAAUAUUUACGAAAAUCCAAUAAUUUUUGUGACAUUUCGUUACAACACUCCUUCCAAGCUAAUUAUUCGUCUUUAGGUAGCCAAUGCCCUUAUGAACGGUCAACAGCCAGUUCAUCAGAAGAUUGCUCGUUAUUUGGAGAACAACGACCUCAUCGUUCUACCGUGCGUGAACCCAGAUGGCUACGAGUACACUCGUACUCAUCCAGAGCUGGCCGAAAUCCGCUUUUGGAGAAAAAAUCGAUCGCCCGAGAUCUGUGGCCAUCUGAAGAGUGGAGAACAUCGGUGCUGUCGUGGCGUGGAUCUGAAUCGCAACUUUGAUUUUCACUUCUCAGGUCCGCCUUUCGAACGGUUCAGUGAGUGUGGUACUAUUGGUUCACUUACAACACUCACCGUACCUUAUUUUUACUUACAGUAACUCUAAAGUACUAAACUUAACUUAAACCCUACCCUACCCUACCAUACCCUACCCUACCCUACCUUGCAUUACCUUUCCGUAGACCAUCGUACUCUAAUCUACCUUAUUUUACCCUACCGUACCCUGCCGUAACCUACCAUAUCCUAUCAUGCUCUACAGUAUCUUGCUGUAACCUACCCUACCCAUAACAUGUCCUUACUUUAGCUCCAGCCAGCACCAGCAGUGUCCUACCCUUACCCUACCCUAAUAUACAACUAAUAGUAUUUUUUGCCAAUAACAUAGAAUAUAACAUCUAAUAUGACAUAAUACCAUAGUAACAUCCACUUCAGUUUGCUUUUACUAACUAAUCCAUUUCAUUUACAUUAAAGGUCCUUCAGCUGGUGGAGCGAGUACCUACCCAUGCUCCGAGAUCUACCACGGUCGGACUGCUUUCAGUGAACCGGAAUCGAGGUAAUGCCACUUUUCAUUAUACCGUUUUGUUUUGUAUUUUAUCAUAAAAUGGCAUGAACUUUAUUUACAAGAUGAAAAAUGUUAAUUGUCGUAUAACUUGUCACCCGCAGGCUGCGGAAGGCCAAAAUUUGUUAUGAAAGUUUAUAAAUCUAGAUUUUGUAUAAAAAUGAAAAAAACUUUCUUUAAAAAAUAUCAAAAUUUCAAAAAAUUUUACUAAAAUCCAAAAAUUUCUUUCCAGAGCCAUCCGUGACUACGUCCUCAAGCUCGGACCUCGGCGUCUUGUAGCCUUCGUAUCUCUGCACGCCUACUCCCAACUGGUCAUCUACCCAUACUCAAAUGACAAAACAUACUUUCCUGAAGACAUUGACGACCUGAAAGUCUUGGCCAAACGAGCUGUCGCCGCCAUUGGCCAAAAAUAUGGAACCGCUUAUCAAUAUGGCUCUGGACCUGAGAUUAUCUGUGAGUUUUUUGAUUUUUAUGCCAUUUUAAGUUAGAGCAAGGUGGAAAUUUGUAGAUGUAAUUGAAGGGCAGGAUCUCCUUUAUUAGUUAGACUUUAAUUUUUUUAGAAUUUAUAGGUUUUGAUCAAGUUAUGUUAGCUAAAAAGCGGUCAACUCCUCAAAUUUUUCUCAAAAGUCCGAAUAUUUGCUCAUAAAAUCAAAAAAAAACUGAUUUUUUAUAUAAACUUUAUAAAUUUUAAAAAUGUAAACCCUUUUUUUUCCUAUUUUAACUUAUUUUUCACUUUUAAAAUUGAUAAAAAGCUUUCAAAAAAUAUUUAAAAACUUUUUUCGCGCCCUUUCAAACCCUUUUCCCUUUGUUUCUUUGAGAAAAAUAAGAGAGAAGCUGGCGUGCCCGGUUAGCUCAGUCGGUAGAGCACCAGACUCUUAAUCUGGCUGUCGCGGGUUCGAGCCCCGCAUCGGGCUAAGGCUUUUUUUGCUGUUUUUGGGGGGUGGAAAUGAUUGUUUUCGGAUUUUAAAAGUUUUUACAGUGGUUUAUGAAGGUUUUUUUGAAGGUUAUACAUGUUAUUUUUGAUUAGUUUUUGUUGUUUUAUUAUUUUUUGUUAGAAAAGUCAAUAAAAAUCGCUUUUUCGCCUAGUUUUUUCGUUUUAAAUUUGGAUUACGGGUAAUAUUUUUAAAACUUUUUGGUUAUAGCUGUGUGAAAUGAUAUUGUGUAUACAUUUUUUAAAAAUAUAUUCGUGAAAAAAGAGAAGAAAUAAAUUUUUUGUAACGUUUUACCCUUUCAGAUGCUUAUACUGGAGGAUCAGCUGAUUGGGCCAAAGAAACGGUCGGGAUCAAGUACACGUAUACAAUUGAACUAAGACCUACAUACACUUGUGAGUCUUAAAAUGUCAUAGAGUACCUGAAAUUUGAUUUUUGACUAAAAAUUUGAUCUAAAAAUCAAUUUUAAUUUAUAUUAUUUUAGGUAACAAAAAGUGAAAAAUAUUUUAAAAUUUUAAAAUAAAAUUGCUUUUUAUGUUUGAAGCUAUUGUAAAAUACGUCAUGAAGCGAUUCUAGUUAAAUAUUUUAAAUUUCAGCCUGGAACGGGUUUGUUUUGGACAAAGCUCAACUGAUCCCAACGGCGCGAGAGACUUUGGAUGGAAUGGCUGUGAUGUUGGAAGCUGUAGACCAACGCAAUCCUAGCCCACAGGUCACUGUAGCUCCUUCUAAAGUUGAAUGUAUGUUUUCUUUUAUAUUACCAUUUAAAUCUUUAUUUGUUACCUAAAUGUAGCUAAAAUUCAGAGGUUAUACCUUUUUUAGGCAUAACUUGCCAUUUUUAGCUGUAGCGGAGGAAAAAUUUAAAGAAAAUAACGGAAAAUGUUUAGUGCUAGUAUAUUUUUAGGUUAAUUUAUAUUUUCAAUUUGUAAAAAAAAGUCGUGAUUUAUUUGGUGGUUUUUACGUUUAUACCUCAUUUUUUGAUCAAAAUCAUUAAAAAUUCCUUCCAAAACAUAAAAAACGCAUUUUUAAUUAACCCGAAAAUCAUCAAAAAUAUUUUUAAAAAUAUCUUUGUUACCUAAAACAAUCAAUUUCAUCAUUUUUUUACUAAAAAAAUACUAAAAAGUACUCGCUCCCGGGUGGACUCGAACCACCAACCUUUCGGUUAACAGCCGAACGCGCUAACCGAUUGCGCCACGGAAGCACGGUCUUUAAGGCCUCUUAUUAGUGUCUUUGAAGCCUCUGAACGAUCUGAUCAUAGAUAAACAUAAAAAAUCAAAAAAUGUCCAAAUUUAUGUUUUCCAACUCAUAUACGAUAUAAAAUGUCAGUUUUCAGUUAUUCCGGCCGGCAGACCUUUGGUCAAUGCCCAGCCAACCAGCUGCGUAGACCGUGCUCCAAGCUGUAUGGCCUGGAUUAGGGAACGGCCAACAAUCUGUACGGAUGCCAGAGGGGCCAUGAGUAGGGAGUGUCGUCAGACAUGCGGAUUCUGUUAA